AUGAGCCGUAAAAGAAAAUUAGACGUCGUCGAGCAGGAGCUGUCUUCAGCAUCCGACUCGAAUCCUCAGAAGCUGCACAAGAGCUCUCUCCUCGACUCCACCAUGGCCACCGCGACUUCGAUCCCCGUUUUCGACUUCCCCACCGGCUCAAUUAAGGACUAUUUCACAGUUGACGCCGAUGUGCUGGGAUCGGGGGAAUUCGGGGCGGUUCGCCGCUGCAUUGACAACGCCACGGGCGAAAUUUUCGCGUGCAAGACGAUCCAGAAGAGCCGCCUCGUGAGCGAAUCAGACCGUGAGGAGGUCCGCCGGGAAGUCGCGGCAAUGCAGCGAGUGAUGGGUCACCCGGGCGUAGUUAAUCUCCGCGCGGUCUUCGAGGACGAUAAGGAGGUGCACAUAGUCAUGGAGUACUGCGAAGGAGGGGAGGUAUUCGACGAGGUAAUUCGUCGGGGAAGGAUCCCGGAGAAGGAAGCUGCGCUGCUCUUCCGCCAGAUCGUCUCCGCCGUCGCGUUUUGCCACGCGCGCGGCGUAAUGCACCGCGACCUGAAACCCGAGAACAUCCUCCUCAAGAAGCAACUCGUUAACGGGCGAGAAGUGACGUAUGCGAAGCUCGCGGAUUUCGGCCUGGCUAUUGGUCUCGAGGAGGGCGCCAAGGCUAGCGGCGCCGCGGGUUCGCCGUUUUACAUGGCGCCCGAUGUCCUCACCGGGGAAUACGGCGUGGAAGCCGACGUGUGGUCUCUAGGAGUCAUCCUCUACGUGCUUCUCAGCGGAAGCACUCCUUUCUGGGGUCCUGACGACAACGCGGUUUUCGCGUCGGUGCUCGCGGGGAGAGUGGACAUGACGGGUCCCGCCUGGGCGGGAGUGUCGGCGGAAGCGCGGAGCCUCAUUCGCUGCAUGCUGCAGCGCGAUCCGCGGAGACGGCCGAGCGCGGCGAAGGUGCUUUCGCACCCGUGGAUUUUGGUGCAUUUGUACGGCGGGCGGGUGGUGCGGAAGGUUGUGAACGUUCAGCAGCUGCAGCACGAGAAGGCGGGGAUUGCGCAAGCGGCGGGGGUUGCUGCUGCCGCUCCUGCUGCGCCGGGCGCUUGA